CUUGGUUUUAUGUCAUCAUGAUUGAACUAUAUAUUCUCGUUUAAUCACUCUAAUGUUUUUUUUUUUUUCCUUUUGGAUCAGACAACCCUUUCUACAUUAAGAUCUUGAGUUGUUGCUUGCAUAGUUCUCAUCAAAUUUUGGUGUGGAAGAUCACGUUGGUCAUUUGACAUGGGUGCCAUGGUGAAUUCCAUAGAUAAAGACGACCGUAUUCCAAAAGAAGCCAAGGAGAUUCUACAAUCAUUGGCUACCAAGUGGGAAAAUGUAGGUGAUUCCACUGCCUUGCAGGUCAUCCCUCUCAAGGGUGCAAUGACUAACGAGGUGUUCGAAAUAAAGUGGCCAACAAGCACCGGGGAAGUCUCCCGAAAGGUUGUGGUUAGGAUUUACGGUGAGGGUGUUGAGGUGUUCUUUGACAGGGAUAAUGAGAUCCGAACAUUUGAAUACAUGUCAAAGAACGGUCAGGGACCUCGUUUGCUUGGCCGUUUUCCUAAUGGCCGAGUUGAAGAGUUCAUCCAUGCACGGACACUUUCAGCAUCUGAUCUACGUGAUCCAGAUAUAUCUGCUCUUAUAGCUACUAAAAUGAAGGAAUUCCAUGAUCUUGAGAUGCCCGGUCCAAAGGAUGUCGUCCUCUGGGGCUGAUUGAGAAAUUGGCUGAGUACAGCUAAGAGAUUGUGUAG